UUUAUGGUCUGCAUCUUCAAAUUUGCACCGUCUGUAUAAAUAUGGGUGCAUCGGAAUAGAUUUACAUUCAUUCAAUUGUUAUCAUACAAGAUACAAUGUUUAUAUUGAAACUAGUGUUUGUUGCGUGCGCAGUAUUAAUAAAAUGUGAAACAGCGUUCGUGGACACACUAUCAAAAUGUAGUAUUAAAGACGACGAAUGCAUUGGUGAAUUGUUCGAAAGCAGUCUACGAAAAAUCGGUUCAGUGGGUAUCCCGGAAUUAAAUAUGCCUCCCAUUGAUCCCUACAAAGUUACGAACAUGACAAUAAAGGUUUUGGAAGCGAUCAAACUAACCAUGACCGAUGGAGUUGUUAAGGGUAUCAGUAAAUGCCAAAUUAAAAAAUACCAUGUUGAUUUAGAUAAACAAACUGGUGUACAGGAAAUUCUUUGCGACUUAAUAAUAAAAGGCAACAUCGUCGUCGAGGGCACGAGUCCACUACUUCAAGGAGUCUUUGGAACUCCUUCAAUUGACAGCGCGGGCAAGGGAAAAGUUAAACUUGAUAAGUUAUUCUUGCGCUUUGACUUUCCACUUAUCCCUUUCAAGAAAGAUGACGGCGAAAUUUAUUUCAAGAUUUUGAGCAAAAAGAUUAAAUACAAGUACGAUGUUGAAAAAGCCACUUUUGGUGCUGAGAAAAUAAUGGUUGGAAAAGAGGAUAUGAGUAAAGCUAUCGUUCCUUAUUUUAAUAAUAAUUAUAAAGCCAUAUUGGAGAUUAUCGGCGAUUCAAUCUUUGAUGCAGCUAAGGAAAUAUUUGCUGAUAUUUUGAAAAAAUUCUUCGAGUUCAUCCCGUCGAAAAAUUACAUUGCCGAUGAUCUAUCUUAUCUUGUAAAGUAAUACAUACUAGUACAUAAUAUAUGUGUAAUUUG